CAAGAUGGUUGCUGAUGCGUAUAUCUAUAAUUUGUGUGGUUAUAAAAAUUGGACUUUAUUCAGUAGACAGCUAUGUUUGCCAGUGUCUGCAGCUGCUAGAAUGAUAUUGUUAUUGAGUCUAAGAUUUUGAUGAUACUGGAACAAUUAAAUACAUAUUUUCUUAUAGUGAAUUAUUGAUUUUUGUCAUACCACAUUUUCCGUCUGGUAAUGCGUACGUUUUGAGUGUGGAGUGUUAUUAUAGCUUAUGUUACUAGUGUCAUAAGUUUUUUGCCGUUUAUUAACACCAGAGGACAAAAUUGGACCAUUGAUACAUUUGUUUGUUACGAUUAGUAUAAAUUACAUUUCAUUGACCUCGAAUAGUAGUGUUUUGGAUAUUGCGCAGAAAAAAAACCCUGCCCUUGGCAGAAUAGCCUAUUUUCCCACCGAGGUGUCGUGUGUGAUGACAGUGCGACAAGGAAAACAAUUAUAUAAAUUGACUGAAUCAAGCACGACGAAAGAUUAAAGGGCUUGACUACGGUGGAAGAACAAGGAAUUAGCUGUGAUGUCAAAACGUCAGUUUCCCAAUGUUGCAGCCUCUUCGCAGAAACAGAAAAGUUUUAUGCGUAGCUUGCAGAUUUCUUGUGCUGAGUCCCAUGUGGUAACUGACCUAGUUCCAACAUGUCUUUAAUGAAAACUUCUGUCUGCGAUGCUGGUGGACAUUGCUAUGAUGGACGGGGUGGUGAAAUUGUCAAGAUGGGGUAUCUUCGUAAACUCAAGACUAUGAAGAAGCGUUUCUUUAUUCUGCGUGGAGAUUCGUCUGAGGCUUCAGCACGGCUUGAAUACUAUGAGGAUGAGAAGAAGUGGAAGAAGAAUCACUCCCCCAGAAGGGCCAUCUCCCUGAAAACGUGCUUUAACAUCAACCGCCGUCAGGACACGAAACACAAGUAUGUGAUUGCCCUCUACACGAAGGAUGACUGCUUUGGGCUUGUGCUGGACUCUGAGGAGGAGCUGGAAGAUUGGUUGAAGGCUCUUCUCUCCCUUCAGUAUGGGGAGGACAUUGUAGAUGGAGAGGAGCCAAAACCCACAUUUGAACAUGUGUGGCAGGUGACAGUGCUGAAUAAAGGCCUUGGCAACACUCGUAAUAUUCUGGGUCGCCACCUGUUGUGUCUGACUGACAGAAGUCUGUCUCUCGUUAAGCUGAGCCAGGAGGAGAGGGCCGAGACUUAUGAGUUCUCGCUUGUGAGCAUCCGGCGCUGUGGACGCUCUGACUGCUUCUUCUACAUGGAGGUGGGGCGUUCCUCAUGCACAGGUGAGGGAGAGCUCUGGAUGCAGACUGAGGACACAAACAUUGCUGACAACAUGCAUGCUGCCAUCCUUCAUGCUAUGAGUAACAACAGUUCCAAGGAGGAGCAAGUGCCACGUCCCCGCUCUUCAUCCACCAACGAAGUCUCGAAACCCAUCGCCAUGUUGCAGAGGCGCCAGACACAUGUGGGCAACAGUUCUGUUAAAGAAGCUGUACUCCUCACCAGUAGCACCACCCGCGCAAUGCCUACCAACGAGGUGGACUCUCAUGGUCAGCCUCAUCAGGUGUUGUCUGCUGCUAGUAGUUGCCACCACCAUCACCACCACAACCACCGCAUUGUGACCCCACAUCAUCCGACACAGCUGGUACAUCCAUCCCAGAGGAGACAUUCUGUGUCAGCCCUUUCCUGUGUGGGAAGUGGGGGUGCAGGUACCCACCAACGUACCUACUCCUUCCCCCUAUCUGAGCCAGGACCCCGUACCCCUUGGGAAUCUAGGAGAGGGAGCACAGGUCGAACAAACAAGAGAACUUCAGGAAGCAUUAAUGUGCACAGCUCUGGACGUGAGCGUUCAGACAGUGUUCCAUCACGGACGCGAACAAUCAGCGAUGGUCCACACCCUCUGCCACACCUGCACACUUCUCAUAGCCUUUUCCCUAACUCUGGCAACAGUCGGCCGCAUUCAGUGUGCUGGCCAGCAGGGAGUCCUGUCAGUCCUGCAUCGGGUCCAUGCUCAACUGACUCGCCAGGUUCGUCCGUAUCUAUCGAAGAGGGUGACGGAGAAGGUUGGGCAGGCUAUGGACACUCCCUGACACCAGAUGAACCUGUGAUUCUUGAGGAAAACUGCAGUGAUGACAUCGCAUGGCCUGGAUCCAUGUCACUCUUGCUGCCUGUCCGCAAGUUGUCUCCCAGUCAGGUACCCACUAGCAUCAGUGCAGGCUCCCCGAGUCAGGAUGCAUACAGUCUGCACAGCUCAUCACCAUUGGAUCCAUUGGGAGGAUACAUGACCAUGAUUCAGCAUGAUACAGGGACAGGGGUGUCAGAAGCGAGUGCACGUCGGCAUGCACCAAGCUCUUCCAAUCACAGUCAUGCCAGCAGUCUAGCUGAGGAGACACCAAAUGGCUACGUGCCAAUGGCACCUAUGGAUGAUGGCUAUGUGGAUAUGGAACCAGUGCAGCUGGGGCAGAGGUACCAUGGUGAAGAUUAUGCUCGUGGAGAAAUGUCUCCUUCUAGUAGCUGCUCCAUCACAUCUGGAACUCCAUCCACAGAUAUGCGGUUCUCUGAAUACCACUUGGAGAAGGUUAGCUCGUAUUUCACUCCAUCAGAAGAGGAUGAGACAUCGUCGCUGGACCGACCGAUGCGGGCUUACUCUGUUGGCUCUCGUCCAGAUGCAAUGAAACGAACUAACAGGCUGGACAUUGUGAAUCAGACAGAUGCGUUGCGGGUUCGAGCAUUCUCUGUGGGCAGCCGGACAGUGAACAAGCUGAGCUCACGGGCACUGGCAUAUGAUCUGUACAUGACGCGCCAACAUCCUAUGCUCACACCACCACACCACCCAGGGGGUCAUCAUUUGACUCCCACCCCCACUGCAGGAGGCAAGAAGUCUCUGUCUGCCCCACUGCUCUGCAACUCGUGGUCAGGAGGUGGCACAUUGCGUCACCACCUGCAUGGCAGUAGCCACUCAUCUGUGGAGCCAAUGGAUGACCUAAUGGAGAUGGACUUCACACGCAAUUCACGAAUCAAACCCAAGGCAAAUCCUGGUGGCAAUAAAUUGGAAGACCGGACAUCUGUCAUCAAUGGCUAUGUUGAUAUGUCCUCACGUUCCACAGCCUCUAAGCAGGCUGAUACAAAGUCAGGAAAUAUGGUGGCUGCAUCCCCUCCUAAAUCAGUUAUCCCCACAAUCUCUUCAAAGACCAAUGUUGAUUAUCAUGCUCAGAGUCCACCAGUACCCACUCCAGUCAAACUCAUUGGUUCAUCCUCCAUGUCUCCUAAGAAUGUUGGGCCAUAUAUGGAGAUGCGGCCUGGAUCAUCACCACCUGCAAAAUCUUCUGUGGUGCAGCGGAAGACAUCCACAGUAGACCCACCAUUCCCAGAAAUCAAAGUCUUAAGUAGUCAGCCUACAAGUGAUGGUUUAUCUGAUGGUACACAGAACACAAGCAGUCUCUCUCCCUACAUGGAGAUGAAAAGUGAGUUGUACCACCACAGUUUCCCAGUGUCCUCGGGAUGCCAGAACCGGAAGCCAACAUCACCCAUACAGGAGGAGUACAUGGAUAUGGCCAAACCAAGCAGUGUUGAGAGUAGUAUGGGAGUAUCUACUGUUGCACGCACUGCACCAGUGGACACUCCACAGCCAAAGAAACCUCCAGAAGGUUAUGUGGAAAUGGCAUGGACAGGUGGAUCGAAGCCUUCUCACCGCUCAUCACUGGAGACUUACAGGUCAAACAGUGAAGAUUACAUGAACCUCUCAUUUGAAGGACGUGGGAACAGUAAGAGGAAAGAUAAACGAAAGGGUCGGUAUAGUUCCCAGCCAAUUGCCAUUCAGGCUCGGGAAUUGGAGGCUGGGACAGUCACUGGCAAGUCACAAUCUUCAUCCACCAGUCCUGUUUACUCACUGUCUGGCUUGAUAGGUCGCAAGCACUCCAGUGGUACGCCACCAAAAGUCCCACCUCCUGCCUUCCUUCCUUUGGGCCACACAUCUGGCAUCUCUCCAAGCUCAAGUCCCAGUUCCACCCUGAGGCGCACUCACAAUCACAAGGCUAAUCGACGAGACAGUAUAGAGAACACUGGCCUGACCACUCCAACAGGUUCCUCUGUGACGAUAUUCCCAUUCAGUCUUAACAGCCCAGGAUCACCAAUGAAACCUUUCCCAGGACAGCAGCAAAACAAGUCACAGCUGCCACCCUUGGCAACAGCUCCUGGUACAGAUAUAAACUAUGAGCUCUCACGAAAAUGCCUGGUAGAUGCCACUAGUGGCACAGUGCGGCUAUCCUAUCCGGGAGAUCCAUACUCUCCAGAGUCAACCACCACAACUCCAGAUUCCAGCAGCUCAUCAUCCGAGCAACCUACACCUGUUAAUGUAGAGUCAUUAAAUGACUUGAACAAGGUCGAAUCACCCAGAAUCCACAACUAUGUGAACUAUAGCCCUCUCCAUCGAUCAAAAGAAGAGCCAGUGUAUGCCGUGAUGCGGCCUGUGCCAUCACGCAAGAUUUCUGUCCCUGCAAGGGUCAUGAAUUUGAAGACUGAUAGCAUGGACCUUACACCCAUUCCAGAUUCUUGGAAACCACAAAGCACUGCCAUGUUUUGCCUCAGUGAGACAGUCAGUACACCAAAGUUGGUCACCAGCUCCACUGUUGCACCAAACAAGGAAGCAGUCCAAUUUGGUCGGCAGAAUGUCACUGCAUCUGACAACAAAGUUGGCAAGGUGGGGACAAUAGCCUGGCAGCCUUCUGGCUCCAGUACAAGGCCUGCAGAUGCCAGUAACAUUGGCAAGAUCUCCAGGCAGCCAUCUGGCUCCAGCCUGGGGUCUGCUGAGGGUGCCAUCUCUAGACAGCUUUCCAAUUCGAGUGUGGAGUCAGUGGUUGCAGGUCCAGCGUCAUCAGUUUCUGUUGGCUCACCGACUUCUUCCCGCCCCCCAUCUGUGAGCAGUGAACGUGAACUCCACUAUGCCUCAUUAGACCUUGCUCCUAGUGGAUCAGAAGGAGAAGAUGGUUCACGCAGUCCCCAUAGCAUUAAGGCACAAGGAUCUCUCACUGAGUCCUCUACCUCCUCACCUAGCCCCAACCCUGUUAACCAGGGAACAGGGGAAUCAGCCUUCACAUAUGCCGAAAUAGAUUUUGCUAAGAGCGAAGGGCUACGUAAUGUAUCAUAUUCACUCAACAGAAAAUUGCGGCACUGAGGUGCUAAUCGCAUUCCAAGCGGUUUUGCAGCAUCUCUCGAGCCAGUCAGGCUGCACCGUUCAAGUGAUGUGCAAGUUUCAUGUAGGUAGCAAAAUGUUCAGGGCUUAUGUUUCAUUUAUCUGAAGUCUGAUUAUUUUAGUUAUAGCUUGGCCUUACAGGAAGCUACUAGACUGAUUUCAUAGUUCCUGAUAUUGGAUGGACCAGCUUUCUGGUCAUUCCCAUAAAGAUUGUUUCUUUUUUCAUACAGGGUGAUUGUAAAGUAACUUUACUGUUUCCAUGUUCCGUUUCUUUGAGAUGGUAGUGUACAUGUAUUACCACUUUUAUCUUGUUUUUACAACCAUCGUUUUAACCCUUCCCAAGCAGGUAUGUAUGUGAUAUCUGCCAAAUGAUAUUGUGUUGCUGUGUAGUCUAGUAGGUGGUAAUCAAGUACAGUAUACACAACAUCGCAAUCCAGAAGACAGCAACCCACACUUUAUUGCUGUGAGAACCUCAAAUCUGAUAUAUUACAAACGAUGUUUGUGUAAAUUGUACAUUGAUGACCCUUCUGUUGAACACAAUUUUCAUAGCGUUCUCCGCCUGUACAGGAAAUGAGUACCAUAUGGUUUCUUUAUGUUGAACUAAAAAGCAUGACAGGAAAGUAUCCAAGUUCUACCAUGAAUUACCAUAUUUUGUGCAGAACCGUUUCUUGUGCUUCUAAUUUAUUCUCAAGUAAAAAUAAUUCCAUUCAAAGUGGUUUUCUUGUUGCUCAUAUCUGUCUCAUGAAUGGUUAAAGGCUACAAUGCAUAUUUGAGCACUUCUUUCUGACAUGGAGAAAAGCUGAUGUUUUAGAGACAUACUACCUAGAACUGGUUAUUUUAAGCCACCUGAUAGCUACAGUCUAGUCGUCCAUUGAGAGUACAAACUUGCACAUUGCUUCUGAAGAGUUGCUGCUGUAUAUCUCAAAGCAGAAGUUCCUCAUUUUCUUUAUUUAUUUGUCUUCCUUCUACUUACAUCACAAUUUGGUAUUAAGUUGCAGCUGUUCAGUGGGAGUCACUUGCGUGAGAUUAACAGUAUUUUGAGUUUCGAUGAUGUGAACAAAUGAAGGCAAGUAGUUCUGUGCAGCAUUUAAUUCAACCAUUUCCACACACCUGUUUGGAGACGUUCUGUUUCCAUUCACCUCACCCAAUGAAAAUUCCCUCUGCUAUGAGAUUUGGUGAAUAAUGAUGCAAUUUCCAUAUCUGGUCAGUUGGGAGGGGGGGGGGGAAGGGUCACUCUUCUUGUCAGUUUUCUGUUACAUGUGAUAAUCAUUUCGCCAGUGAGUAACUUUGCAUUUAUCAUAUUUAAUGAUUCAGAUAUGUGAUCAAGUCAUAUUAGACCUAACCAAUGUGUCCCACUUUUUUUUUAAUAAUAAAAGACAUGAAAUUGUAAAAAUGUUUAUUAUUGUGAUUUGUGUUACCACUUACUAUAUAUACUGCCACAUGCUGAAACUAAUGGGUAACUGAGAUUUUGUUUGUAAUAUUAUACUUGUUAUUUUUUGUGUGAUAUAGGCCUGUGUAUAUUUUACAGAUAAGAGAUACUACCCAAUAAAGGUUAAGAGCUGAAACAGAUUGCAUUUCCUUGGAACCCAUGCAUUGGCUUGUCUGUAAAUCUGUUUCCAUGGUUACUAUAAGGAAACAUUUUACUGUUAUUUGUGAAUGAUUCCCUCCCUGAGCUGAUCAAGAAUGUCAUAGACUAUGGUAAAUAUAUGUAUGUACCCUUUAAUGAA